AUGUCGGCGGCCGUGGCGUGCCUGGACUACUUCGCCGCUGAGUGCUUGGUGUCCAUGUCCGCGGGCGCCGUGGUUCACCGCCGCCCGCCGGACCCCGAGGGCGCGGGCGGAGCCGCCGGCUCGGAGGUGGGUGCGGCGCCGCUGGAGUCCGCUCUGCCGGGUCCGGGGCCACCGGGGCCCGCGUCGGUCCCCCCGCUCCCCCAGGUCCCCGCCCCUAGCCCCGGCGCGGGCGGCGCCGCGCCCCACCUGCUGGCUGCAAGCGUCUUGGCUGACUUGCGCGGCGGCUCUGGGGAGGGCUUCGGGGGGAACUCGGGGGAAGCUCUGCGCGCUUCGUCCGGCUCCGCCGACCCAACCCGGUGCUCCGGGCCGACCCAGUGUGCGGAGCCGGCCCCGGUCUCCAGCGCAGCCGAAGUCUCCGGGCCCGCGCACUCCUCCGGCGCGCAGGCGGUCCCCGGCGCACCAGCCGUCCCCGGAGCGCCUGCCGACCCCGGCGCGGUCCCCUGCGCGGCCCCAGGGGCGGGCCCCGCCCCCGCCACAGGCCCGGGACCCCGUCGGAGGCCGGUGACACCUGCUGCCAAGCGCCACCGCUGCCCCUUCCCGGGCUGCAACAAAGCUUAUUACAAGUCGUCGCAUCUGAAGUCCCACCAGCGCACCCACACGGGUGAGCGCCCUUUCUCCUGCGACUGGCUCGACUGCGACAAGAAGUUCACCCGCUCCGACGAGCUGGCCCGCCACUACAGGACGCACACAGGCGAGAAGCGCUUCUCCUGCCCCCUCUGCCCCAAGCAGUUCUCCCGGAGCGACCACCUGACCAAGCACGCCCGCCGCCACCCGGCCUACCACCCCGACAUGAUCGAGUACAGGGGGCGCCGUCGCACUCCCCGCAUCGACCCGCCACCUCGCGUCGACCCGCCACCUGCCAACCUGGUGGACACCACCGGCUCCCUUCAGAUCCUGGUGCCCAGCUUCACCGCCUGCCUGUCUGAUGGUCGUUGCUUUUAGUCGUCCCCUCAAGGACGAUCUCCCAGGCCGUGGUCCCUGCCUUCUCGCUGCCCAUCCCUCUUUCCCAGAGUCAUUAGUUCAAGGCACAGACUGGUUCCUCUGCUCUGAGGGUGGUUGCAGGCAGGCGCGUUGGACCCUGGGGAGGGACCGAGGGUCCGAAAAUAGCAGGAGUUCUUACAACACAU